UAUUAAACCAACAUAUUGGCGCUUAAACCCUAAGCUCUGUCUGUAUUCGAAAGGGUUAAAGGUUUUUCCUCGACCAGACGCCUCUCACGCCUUUGCCAUCACACUUUGCUUCACUUCUCAAUUCAGUGUUGUUUUUUCAAUCAAAGUUUACGCCUUUAAGGUACCCAUUUGUCUCAAUGGAACACGGUUCAUUUGAAGAUCCAUCAAAAGCAACAUUCUCGUUCACAGAUGAGGACCAUACACUGGCAAAUGCUGUCCGAUUUACUCUAAAUCAAGAUCCCAGAGUAACAUUCUGUGGUUACAGCAUUCCACAUCCCUCUGAUGCUCGUGUAAACAUAAGAGUUCAGACUACUGGGGAUCCAGCAAGGGAGGUAUUGAAUGAUUCAUGUCAGGAUCUAAUGCUUAUCUGCCAGCACGUUAGAGGCACAUUUGAUCAGGCUAUUUCUAAGUUUAAAGCUGAAAAAGGUCUGAGCCCUAUGGAUAUCAAAAAAUGAUUUUGACAUAAAAGUUCAUAUAACCUUUUUAUCCAUGUAAAAUUUUGUCACUUUUUGCAAACACAAGGAGACUUUUAAAUGUGAUUGCUCUAUUUAUUUCGUGCAUAUCUGCACAAAAAGUUGCUUUUGCAGAAUCAUUUUAUCCCGUAAAGAUGUUACAUCAGAUUGUUAGCUAUAAUGCUUAUGCUUUUGUUGCGCACAGUCAACUGCCAGUUGAGUAGUCUUCUUAUCUAUGGCUGUGCAAAUAUCAGCAAGUUUAGGUUCAGAUACAUAAAGAAUGUACCUUUUUUGUAUGGAAAUAUUAGUCUGCACAUCGGUCGCGAUGGAUUACCA